AUGACAGAGGAAAAUCUCUCUCCAAAAAAAAGUGAAGAACAGGACCUUCUUGAUCGCAGUACCAAGAAGACGAAAACAUCAACUGAAUCCCCAAUGGGAGAAGCUGUCCAGCCUCCGGCAAACCCUACACCGGAGAACUCUACUGGAACACUUUCAUUUAAACAGAUUGUAGCCAAUGAGACCGGCAUAGAAGCGGUAAACCAGAAUGAUCUAGAUCUUAUCUCUGACGAUGAGGAAGAGGAUCCAGACGAAGAGGUAGAUGGAGGUUGCCCAGUCAUCCGCCUCACCAAGGAGGAGAAGUUGAGAAUACGUAGCAAAUGGAAGCAGACCCUUAUUGUGAAGGUGUUGGGGAGAUCUGUUGGAUACGCAUACUUGCUGAGAAGACUAACAACGUUGUGGCAUCCAAAAGCCAGAAUGGAGCUGAUAACCAUUGAAGGGGGUUACUUCUUGGUAAAGUUUGCAUCGAUAGAAGAUUACGAGUUUGCAAAAUACGGGGGCCCUUGGAUGGUUUUGGAGCACUAUCUAAUUGUUAAAGAAUGGGUUUCAAACUUUGAUCCGCUCACUGAUAGAACGGAAACGGUAAUAGUAUGGGUGCGUUUUCCGUGUUUAUCGGCGGAGUAUUAUGACCACAAGUUUCUUAUGAGGGUAGGUGCGAAGAUCGGUAGGCCUAUCAACAUCGACACGACGACAAGCUUGGUGUCACGGGCAAUGUUUGCGAGAAUCUGUGUUGAGGUGGAUAUUACUAAACCACUGCUAUCAAAGUUUACAUUAAGGAGGAAGGUAAGGGGAAUCACGUACGAGGGUUUGCACUGGAUCUGUUUUAAGUGUGGUACGUAUGGUCAUGGUGUUGAGACGUGCCCGCAAAACCAAGAUCAAGCCGAAAGCGAGGAGGAAAGGAUGGGGAACGAAGGUGGCGGACACUCACCGGCGGUGGAGGGUAACGGGGACAACGGUCAAAGACGCAUGAAUGGAAAGAAGAUAACAGUAAGGAAAGAAUCUGAGCGAAAAGGAAAAAGGAUCGCAAAAAAUCCGGAAAGAAAUCAGACGCAGGGCUACGGGUAUGGAAAGAAGGAUACGCAGAAGACUGUGAAAGGAAAAGAAAAAGUAGGGAUGAUUUCAGGGUCACGAUAUGCCAAUCUAAUGGAGGAAAAUUUGGGUGAGGAGUCAUCAGUACCCAUGCAGGAACAUGCAACAGCAACAGAAUCAAGUGAGAAAGAAAAGGGAAACCAUAAGGUGGUAGUCGGGGGCUCCGGUUCGAAAAACAACAGUACAACGAAACAGAAUUACCAGAGGAAGACACCUAAUCAGGCGGGGGCAGCGAGUGAACACACCCUAGUCCAAGGAAACAUCACCGGAGCUAAGACAACGACAGUGGUAGGUUCUGACGCUGGUACGUGCUCCGCCGACAUGCUCACAAUCGAAAAGGACAUGUUGGAGCACCAUGGUGACCCCCCCGACCAGGAGGACAGUGACUGGAAGUCCCUAAACGAAGGGGAAGUCUUUGAGGACAAUCUUGAUGGCGUGGAUGAGAGUGCUAUGGAAGUGGAGCUCUGA